AUGCUAAUAGUUGCUAACAGUGGAUACAAUACUGUCGAUGCACAGCUGUUUGAGGUGGUGAAUGCGGGCACCCUGGCCGGAGGUUCGCUGGAGUGGGCGGAGUUCUCACAGCGCCUGGACCAGCUCUCCUCGUUCCUGUUGCGGCGCAGCGACGGCAGUCGGAUGCUAAACCACACCUCCUUCAGGGAGUGGCUUAUGUGGAGGGAGGAGGGCCAGGAUGACCGGUUCCUCUGCGAUCCCAGGAGUGGCCACACUCUCCUGUCCUUCUGGCUCUGCAGACAGGCAGGAAAGCUGACCCGACAGCAGACACUGGAGCUCGGGCAUCACAUCCUGAAGGCGCACAUCUACAAGGGCCUGAGUAAGAAGCUAGGGGUUUCCUCCUCAGUUCUGCAAGGGCUGUGGCUGUCAUACAGCACCCAGAGUUUGAGCCCUGUUCUUGCGUCACUGCGCAACCUCUACACCCCCAAUAUCAAGGUGAGCAGAUUGCUGAUAAUGGCCGGGGCUGAUGUGGAUUACUGUAGCGAUGUCCUCAACAACGCCCCCCUGCUGUGUGUCCACGCUCACCUGGGCCACACUGAUGCUGUAGCACUGCUGCUUGAUCAUGGAGCACAGCUGGAUGCUUGGUCACAUGACGGUUUGACUGCACUGGGAUUCGCUGCUGCAGCUGGUCACCUGGAGAUCGUCACAAUGCUGAGUCAGCACAGAGCCAAG